AUAGAAUAAAAUUAUUAAAUAUGAAAUUGUUUAUUGUUGUUUUAAUAAUAGUGACGGUAAAAGGAGAAUACAUCACUUUUAAUGGACAUUGUCCUAGUCUUUCACCACCUGAAGAUCUUGAAAUAGAUCUGAAUGGGAAAUACUACACGAUUGCUGUAAGUUUAAAUGGAACAACCAGAAAUGAUAUUGUUAAUCAAUUUGAAGUAAUCAGUCCUGAUGAAUUUCACAAUAGUCUCCUUUUUAGAAGUGCCCAUGACGAUGAUGCCUGUAGAAAUAUAUCAGUUACUUUUAAAGUUUUCGAAAUGGGAAUAUACACAGUAGUACAUCAAGAUGGAAGAGAUGAUUCCUAUGUUGGAAACUCCUUAUAUUUUCUGUCAGAUAAUGUGGCAUUUUUAUGCCGUGACACAUCAGGGGAAGAAGUGUUUCGUGCCGAAAUAGCAGUAUUAAGUAAAGAAAUAGAGGAAUUUGAUUCAGAUCAGCGAGAUGAUGUAGAAGAGGUAUUGACAUCAUACGGUUUGGAUUUCAUGAAUCAAUAUAUUAGUCCAGUCAAGCAGUGUAAUCCAUGUUUGUAAGAUUAUAU